ACGUAGCUUCCGGUCCCUGGAGCGUCGCUUCGGCUGGAGCUAGGUCAGUGGGCCGUCACGGCGGGCAGAUCUUUUGCUGAACGCCUCGAGGCGUACGGUGUUCUCUGCCAGAGCAUGAUCCACUGGGUCCCCAGCGCAUCUCCUGGAACAGCCCACUCACCCUGGACGAACUCCUCAGCAGCCAAAGAUUUUCCUUGAGGAGGAUGCAUGAGACAUUAUGGGCCAUGCGCUGUGUGUCUGCUCUCGAGGAACUGUCAUUAUUGACAAUAAGCGUUACCUGUUCAUCCAGAAACUUGGGGAGGGUGGGUUCAGCUAUGUGGACCUAGUGGAGGGGUUACAUGAUGGACACUUCUACGCCCUGAAGCGAAUCCUGUGCCACGAGCAGCAAGACCAGGAGGAGGCCCAGAGAGAAGCAGAAAUGCAUCGCCUCUUUCAUCACCCCAACAUCCUUCACCUUGUGGCUUACUGUCUGAAAGAGCGGGGAACAAAGCAUGAGGCCUGGCUGCUUCUACCCUUCUACAAGAGAGGCACGCUGUGGAAUGAGAUAGAAAGGCUGAAGGACAAAGGCAACUUCCUGACUGAGGAUCAAAUCCUUUGGCUGCUGCUGGGUAUCUGCAGAGGCCUUGAAGCCAUUCAUGCCAAAGGUUAUGCCCACAGGGAUCUGAAGCCCACCAAUAUCUUGCUUGGAGAUGAGGGGCAGCCAGUCUUAAUGGAUUUAGGCUCCAUGAAUCAAGCACGUAUCCAUAUAGAGGGUUCCCGACAGGCCCUGACCCUGCAGGACUGGGCAGCCCAGCGGUGCACCAUCUCCUACCGUGCCCCAGAGCUCUUCUCUGUGCAGAGCCAUUGUGUCAUCGAUGAGCGUACCGAUGUCUGGUCCCUAGGCUGUGUGCUUUACGCCAUGAUGUUUGGGGAAGGUCCUUAUGACAUGGUGUUCCAGAAGGGUGACAGUGUGGCUCUUGCUGUGCAGAACCAACUUGUCAUCCCACAAAGUUCCAGGCAUUCUUCAGCUAUGCGGCAGCUGCUGGCUUCCAUGAUGACUGUGGACCCCCAGCAGCGCCCUCACAUUCCUCUCCUUCUCAAUCAGUUAGAGGCUCAGCAACCCCCAGCUCCUGGUCAGCAUACUACCCAGAUCUGAAGAAACCAGUGGCCACCUUGAGAGGAUCGCCCCUUGUUCCUUGGAAAGAGCCUCUCAUCUCUUACUGGAUCUCUACUCAUUCUGUCAGGACUGCUGUUACAGUUGGGGACAGAGGGUGGGGACCAUUAUCUCUGUCCUGUUCCUCUUCUGCUCUUACCCCCAGUGCUCAGGCAAGGGACCUGACCAGGGCUGGGCCAGGGCGAAACUGAGAAAAUACAUGGCUCUGAGCUGGUCUGCUGAGUUCAUAUGUUCAGCUUCCAAAUCUGGGAGCAGGAGAAUAAAGUGAAAGCAGGUUACUGUGG